AUGGAGGUGCUAGCGAAUGCAGCCGUGGCAGAGUCUGCAAAUGCAGAAGCUGCAGGUACUGGGGUCAAGCUGGAGAGGUCUGAAGGAGAUGAGGACCCACGACACAGCAGAGACAUCCAGACUGGAGCAGCGCAUGGAGUCGUGCCCCCUGUAGCCCCCGAGGACCUCACCAACGCUGCCGCGCCCCAGGCUAGGACCCGAUCCAGCAUCACGGAGGUCAGUGGAACGCCGAACGCCGUCCUCAAGACGGAGACAGAGACUUUAACUGUAACACAAAGGCUCUUACAUACAGGAUCUAACCACCGAUCAGACUCCGAGAGACUGGGCUGUGUUCCUGCUCCAGGCUCAGAGUACUUAAUGGUGUUUCACCAGAGCCAGGGGACAGUUAAAUCCUGUGGAGAUGGUGAUGCGUUAGACACUGGCAUUGAUGAUCUGUCUUGUUCUUACGCUACAGAGGUGGACCCUGACAACAUGCCCUUGGGUUUAGAGACACAGACUGAUCUGUCUAGAGGGGACUGGAACCGGUACAGUAGUAGUGUAUACUCUGAAGGGUGCCCAGAUAAGAAAGGGGAGGUUAUAGUCUUAGAUGAGGUUACUCUGAAAUUGGAGGGCAACGCUCCUCCCACAUGGAAUGCAGAUAGUCACCGAGGAGACGGACACUCACAGGGCAGAGAUUUCUUAAAUUACAGGGGAAAUCUAAAUGUCGCCACCCACUCCCCUUUACACACGUUCAGGGAUCGCGACCCAGUGUCCACAUCAAUGGCACCUUCCGAUUCACACGGCCGGGUGAUUUUCGAUCAGGUAUUACAUUUAAACGACAGGGCUAUAGCCCAGGCUUGUGGAGGGGGAGCAACAACGGUCGGGAAAGAGAAACUGGCUAACUGGAAUGCAGACAAGACUCACUUAGGAGAAGGACACUUGCAGGGCAACACAAAUGACUUCUUAGAUUACAGGGAAGGUUUAGAGAGAAAUCUAAAUGUUGCAACCCACUCCCCUUUACACCCAGUGUCCACGUCGAUGGCACCUUCCGAUUCACACGGCCAGGUUCUUUUCGAUCAGGUAUUGAACUCAAAAGACCAAAGAGCCAAGGCGCGGAGAGGGGAAGCAACACCGGGCAGUAAAGAGAAGCGGUUCCUCUGCAUGUUCUGUAACAAAGGCUUCAGCUGCUCCCAGAAGGUGGAGAUCCACCAGAGGGUCCACACAGGGGAGAAACCCUUCAGCUGUACCCAGUGUCACAUGUGCUUCACCCAUGCUGGCAACCUGAAGAGGCACCAGAGGGUCCACACAGGGGAGAAACCGUUCAGCUGUGCCCAGUGUCACAUGCGCUUUGCCCAGACUGGUGACCUGAAGAGGCACCAGAGAGUACACACGGGAGAGAGGCCGUUCGCCUGUACGCACUGCGGGAAGAAGUUUUCAGAGAGGAGCUACCUCAGGAUACACCAGCAGAAAAACCAUUCCACUCUAUAACAUAGAAAGUAACCAUUCCACUCGAUAGCUUCUGAUGUUUAUAUCAAACCCUGCAUUAAAGGCGAAGUUGAAUUUUCAUUGUCGUCAGCAGAAAGGAUCCACAGAUGCAUUUGGAAAAACGAGAGCAACAGAUUAAAGUGUUGAAUAUUCCUGGGUAGAAUAUUGCAUUCAGACAUUGUGUGAUAUAUAAGGCAUAUAUACGCCUAGAAAGUCUGUUACAUCUUGUUUGCACUGUGUAGGUUAUAUGUUGACAUAACUUUUUUUCAAUUUUUUUUAUUUCACCUUUAUUUAACCAGCUAGGCUAGUUGAGAACAAGUUCUCAUUUGCAACUGCGACCUGGCCAAGAUAAAGCAUAGCAGUGUGAACAGACAACACAGAGUUACACAUGGAGUAAACAAUUAAACAAUUAACAAGUCAAUAACACAGUAGAAAAAAAAGGGGGAGUCUAUAUACAAUGUGUGCAAAAGGCAUGAGGUAGGCGAAUAAUUACAAUUUUGCAGAUUAGCACUGGAGUGAUAAAUGAUCAGAUGGUCAUGUACAGGUAGAGAUAUUGGUGUGCAAAAGAGCAGAAAAGUAAAUAAAUAAAAACAGUAUGAAAACAGUAUGGGAAUGAGGUAGGUGAAAAUGGGUGGGCUAUUUACCAAUAGACUAUGUACAGCAGCAGCGAUCGGUUAGCUGCUCAGAAAGCUGAUGUUUGAAGUUGGUGAGGGAGAUAAAAGUCUCCAACUUCAGCGAUUUUUGCAAUUCGUUCCAGUCACAGGCAGCAGAGUACUGGAACGAAAGGCGGCCAAAUUCAAUUACUUCCAUUCAACUACAAAAAAAAGAAUCCUAAAACGCUUUUAAUGAGAAUUAUUACAUUUUAUGCAGUUUAUCAAGUUCAUCUUGAUUUUUAUUUGAGGUAUGUGUAUGUGGUUUUCAUAUGGUGUAUUUAAAACUUGUUCAUCUUUAAUAAACCCAAAAUGGGACUUUUCAGUC